UGAAUGAAUUCAUGAAGCACAUCAAUAAUGAAAACUCCAAAGGAGCUUCAGUCCGUGCUCUGCUUUUUGACAUCUCCUUCCUCAUGUUGUGCCAUGUGGCCCAGACCUAUGGUUCAGAGGUCAUUCUGUCAGAAUCAAGCACUGUGGAUGAAGUGCCCUUCUUUGAGACCUGGAUGCAGACAUGUAUGCCUGAGGAGGGCAAGAUCCUGAAUCCUGACCACCCCUGCUUCCGGCCUAACUCCACCAACGUGGAAUCCCUAGUUGCCCUGCUCAACAGCACGUUUGAAAUGAAGCACAUGCAGAUGAAGUGGCAUGAAGCCUGUCUCAGCAUCUCAGCAGCCAUCUUGGAGAUUCUGAAUGCCUGGGAGAAUGGAGUCCUGGCUUUUGAGUCCAUCCAGAAAAUCACAGACAACAUCAAGGGAAAGGUGUGCAGCCUGGCAGUGUGUGCGGUUGCUUGGCUUGUGGCCCAUGUCCGUAUGCUAGGCCUGGAUGAGCGUGAGAAAUCACUGCAGAUGAUUCGACAGCUGGUGGGGCCUCUCUGCAGUGAAAACACCCUGCAGUUCUACAGUGAGAGCUGACAUAUCCAUGAGCAGUUCUCUCUCAGCCUCUCAGAUGCACACAGUGAAUAUAAGAGACCCUUUGAACCGAGUCCUUGCAAACCUGUUCCUGCUCAUCUCCUCCAUCUUGGGGGCCAAGACGGCAGGCCCUCAUACCCAGUUUGUGCAGUGGUUCAUGGAGGAGUGUGUGGGCUGCCUGGUAGCCGAGGCAGCAUCCUGCAGUUCAUGCCUUUCA